AUGUCAGCCUCCACGGCCCAAUUGAAAGCAUCUGGAGCCAACCUGAAAUACCAUUUUGCUGUACGUUGUGUGAAAAACGGGGCUGCGGGUGCCCCACCCUCGCCUGACCCGAUUGCAGUCGCCUGCCAGUCAGUCUUGUUAAGCAGACCUGACAUUGCCAACCAAGCGACCACGGCCGGUUACACAAUUCAUACGCCGUUGAGCACAAACACACGCAGCUGCCACCGGACUGACGCAAUCCUUUCACGGAAUCGUCUUAACAGCAGCCCAUCCAUGCGUUUCACCCUCGAUCGAGCAACGCAUGGAUGA